AAGAAAGAGGGGAAAACACCCACCCGGCGCCGCCUCAUCCUCCGGCCUCCGCCCUAGCCCACCUCGCCGCCGACUUUCCGCGCUGUCACUGCCGCCCGCCGGCCGCCGCUCCUCCAUCGCCCCACCUAGCCUAGCGUCUUCAGAAACCCGCCCCUCUCCCUUUGUCCACUACCUCCAACCACUAGCAAAACCCUAAACCCUGCGGGACCCAAGCCUCGUAGCUGGCGGCGGCAAUGGCCAAGGUCCCUGCCGGCCACUGGGUCCCCUACGUUGAAGCCUUCGUCGACGUAUCCCGCUCACCCGCCGACCACUCUGCAAGUGUGGUCGCUCUUGCGGCCUUGGUGAACAAGGACAAGCUCACGCUCUUCGAUUUGGUUUCUAAGAUGGACAUGUAUUUGACUACCACAGACCACAUUGUUAGAUCAAGAGGAAUCAUGCUUCUGGGGGAAAUCAUGUCUCAGAUUUCCUUAAAAUGGUUAGAUGUCAAUGCCAUCACAACAUUGUCAGACUUUUUUAUAUCAAGACUGUCAGAUUGGCAAGCAUUACGGGGAGCACUUGUUGGAUGCUUGGCUUUAUUGCAAAGAGAACCAUCUGUUGGUACUAUUAUGAUUGCUGAUGUCAAAAGACUAGUCGAGUCUUUGAUAGACUAUAUUCCAGUACAGUCACUUGCAGCUGCUGACCGCAAGCUGUGCUUUCAAAUUAUUUGCUGUGUACUUGAUCACUACCCAGAAGCUGUCAAGACAAUGGAUGAUGAACUGCUAAUGUGGAUCUGUCAAUCAAUUGAUGAAGAAAAAGACCCAGAAUGCUUGAAGCUUUCCUUUCAUUUGGUUGAAGUUGUCAUGAAGCUUUUUUCAGACCCAUCUGGUUUGGCAUCCCAAUUUGCAAGUGAUCUCUUUGAGCUUCUGAGCAAAUAUUUUCCUGUCUACUUCACACACGGAGCGGGCGAUAAUGUAGGUCUCACGAGGGAUGAACUUUCCAGGGCAUUGAUGCAUGCCUUCUGCGCAAGUCCUUAUUUUGAACCCUUUGCCAUUCCAUUGCUUCUCGAUAAACUUUCUUCCUCUCUUCCAUUAGCAAAGCUUGAUUCCUUAAAAUAUCUGGACAAUUGCAUUCGCUGCUAUGGAGCUGAUAGAAUGGUUUCACACACAUCAGCUAUAUGGUUUAAGUUAAAAGAAGUGAUUUUUAGCCUUUCUUCAGAUCAACUCUUAUCGACAGGGUCACCUAAAGAUGCAGAGAAGAUUAAGAAUCAAAUAGUAUCAGAAGCUAAAAAUUGCUUGAAGACUGCUGUUACGUGUAUACAUUCUGCAGAUAGAGAUAUAUUCAUCAAUUUGAUCUUGUUGGAUGAGGAUAUUGUGAAUAACAUUCAUUCUGUAACAACCGAAGAAAAGUCUAUUUGUAGGUCAUCAGAUGACCUGAAUCAAUUACAAUCCCUUGGAAGUGUGAUUUCUAUCAUUGCUGAAUCAUCUACAUAUUUCUGCACUAGAGUUUUUCAAGCGCAUUUCACACGCUUGGUGGAUAUUUUGGGAAGCUCAGCCAGUUUUAAAUCUCAGCACUUAAACAUUUGCAAUGGAUCAUCUUCUGCGGCUAUUAAUUAUGGAGCUCUCUAUUUAUCUGUUCAAAUGCUUUCAUCCUGUCGAGAAGUGGCUGUGGCAUCUCGAGGAGACUUCCCUCCUGUUAAAUCAGCAAAUGAGUCCUGGUGGCUUAUCUUAGAGGAAAAACUGGAUCCGUUCAUCCAUCUUCUUGGAAAAUUAUUGUCAAUUGAUUCUCAGCCUAUCCAGUCAGCAGUCACACAAAAAUAUGUUUCAUGUGCUGUGAAGGGGUUACUGAUACUUGCAACAUUCCCAGAACACUGUUCACUUCUACUGGCAAAUGCUUAUGAGUAUAUUCUGCUGAUGCUCACCUCAGUAGUUGCAAGAAAGUAUGAAAAAAUACAUUUGUGGAGAUUGUCGUUGGAAACAUUGACUAGCAUUGGUAAAUUUACUGUGGAGUCCCGUGCUUCUAAAAAAGAAAUGAUUUACAACAGUAUUGUUGUUGACAAGAUUAUUCCUUUGGCUAAAUCUUGUGAUACGUCGAUGCCUCUGAACCUAAGACUUGAAGCAUGUUUUGAAAUUGGUACCACUGGUGUGAGCUAUAUGUUAAGGGUCGCUAGAUCACUUGAAGAAGCUGUCAUCACCAAUAUUUCUCAGGUUAACGAGGGAAUGGAAUGUGCGGAAUAUGUAGCCCAUUUGAUCGAUUGUUACUCUAGUCAGCUCCUUCCAUGGUUAUUUACCUCUGGUGGUGUCAACGAACUUGCUUUGAGCUUUGCUAUGCGUCUCUGGGAUGAGAUUAGGAACGUGGCUACUUUAGACAGGAUUAGAUCGCAGGGUCUUCUUGACUCACUAAUGAUGGGAAUGAAGUUCUUAGUUGGAGUCUGCACAGAGGAACAACAGUCAUUGAUUGUUCAGAAAGCGUGCAGCAUAAUAUCAUCGAUGCUGUCACUCCCAGUGAAGUCAAUGAUGCACGACCUUUCAUCUGUAGAGGAGUUAGUUCCUGCACACUCUAUUCAAGAUACAGCUCUUGUGUGUUUGCUUUCAUCAGUUAUAGUUGGUCUUCGUCCUCAAACACAUGUACCAGAUAUGAUCAUGCUGAUUAACCUUUUUUCGGUCUUUCUACUGAAUGGACAAAUACCAGCUGCUCACGCAUUAGCUUCUAUUUUCAAUAAAUAUCUACACAAUUCAGAGUUCUCAGAUGAGAAUAAGCUGGAUAAAAUGCUUGAUGUUAUUCUUGGGAGAUGUUUCUCAAUUGUAUUAGCCAGCAGCACUUUGAAGAUGUCUCAUUCUUCUGCUGCCACUUCAGAUGAUGCUAAUUGCUCAGGCAUGUCUGCAAGCAUAUGUUUGAGGACUGAUAUCUUGUGUGGUUUGGCUUGGAUUGGGAAAGGGUUGCUUAUGAGAGGAGAUGAAAAGGUGAAGGACAUUUCGAUGUUUCUUCUUAAGUGCCUGGUCUUGAAUCAGAUUUCGGUGGGCAUUCCACCCCACCAGGAAGAACACAGUGACAAUGUUUCAUUGAAUGCUUCCCUUGCAACAUCUGCAGCUGAUGCAUUCCAUGUGAUGAUGAGUGACUCAGAAGUCUGCCUAAAUAAAAAGUUUCAUGCAAGAAUAAAGCUGUUAUAUAAGCAGCGUUUUUUCUCAAUACUUAUGCCAAUUUUUCUCUCUAAAAUUAAGGAGACCCCUGCGAUGACAACAAAAUUGGUAUUAUAUCGAGCAUUUGGGCAUAUUAUUUCCAAUGCUCCGGUAUCAGCAGUUAUAACAGAAGCCCAUCAGAUUUUGCUCCUAAUAGUUGAUAUCUUAGCUAAAUUGAGUGUGGAUAUUCAGGAUAAAGAUCUAGUGUAUAGUUUGUUGCUUGUCUUAUCUGGAAUGUUGAUGGAUGACAAAGGCAAAGAAUGUGUUCUGGAAAAUAUCCACAUUAUUGUCGGUGUUCUUACACAACUUGUUUCCUAUCCUCACACGAUGGUUGUUCGGGAGACAGCGUUGCAAUGUUUUGUUGCCAUGUCUAGCUUUCCCCAUUCAAAAGUCUAUCGCAUGCGGCCACAGGUCCUACGAGCAGCAAUCAAGGCACUUGAUGAUAAGAAAAGGGCCGUCCGCCAAGAGGCUGUUCGAUGUCGACAAACAUGGCAAUCGUCAUUUGCUUAGGGGAGCCUUCUCUUGCAACUACAUCGUAGUCUGGGAACUCACUGGACAUAUCAUGUUGGUGGCUGUGCCAGAGAGUAAAGUGAUAGGACUGUGGCUUAUUCUGUCUUUGAUAUCCUUUCGGAUUUUAUGUCAAGUUCUGGAUGGAGCGGAGUUUUCAAGAUGAAAUCCAAGGAACCACUGAAGAGUCGCGAAUGUCUGGGCAUUGAGAAUCGAUGGAACUAUAUUGCUUAUCUAUGUACCUAUUAUUUGAAGUCUCCGUUCAUGAGCAAAAUGUGAUUUGGCUCAUCAAGGAUACAUUUAGUUGCUGACCAAACCGUUUAUGGGAUAGGGCCAUCUCCAUUAUGCACGUUUUUGGUAUUAGAUGAUGUGGAUGGAACCAGCCAAAAGGUAGGAAUGUAUCUCGAAGAUACCUGACCAACCCAUCCCUGAAAUUAAUAGUACUGAAUGGUUUGCCUGUGUUUCUACUUUCUAA